CCUGUGCAUCCUUUUCAUCCCCGCGCACUAUUUGCCAGCCUAAUCUUCAUUGAGUGUGCGGAGUGAUCCACUUGUGUGAGAAGGCUCCGCUUGUCAGUCAGACUUUGAACUGAGCACUGGCGCUCAUCGCCUGUUUAUCUGUGACCGCUGCCUGUCAUCGAAUACGCUCUCGCUGACACUUAUCACCCGAGCGGCUCAGAUAUUCCCCUAGAUUAGGAUGAACAGUUGCUGAGCGGGGUCUCGAGGACAGCGCCGUUCCUAGGGGGGGCCGAGCUGAGAUUAAACCGUUAGCAACGACGCUUCACCUUACUCGGGAGUUGAGAUGGUCCAGACUGGGGAUGUUUUUUUAGCCUUGCUUUUAGUAGGCUGUACAGUUUGUUUGGAAGUGCAGAUCAUACCAGCCCAUGGUGAGAUCAGCCUCGGGGAGUCCAAAUUCUUCAUGUGUGAAGUAGUCGAUGGCUCGGCCAAGCAUAUAGACUGGUUUGGACCGAGUGGGGACAGAAUAGAGCCGAACAGACCAGACAUAACGGUAACCCGUAAUGAUGACUCAUCCUCCACCCUCACACUCUACAAAGCUGGGAAUGAAAAUGCUGGGACCUACAAGUGUGUUGCUACCCGCGCAGACAAACAAGCAGAGUCCACUGUCAAUGUAAAAAUCUUCCAAAAAAUUACCUUUACAAAUGCACCCUCCCCUCAAGAAUUCACCGUUGGAGACAUUGCCAACAUAGUUUGCGAUGUCGUCAGUUCCCCUUCACCAACUGUCCUCUGGAAGUAUAAAGGCACCAAAAUACAGAUGGAAAAAGAUGUUCGUUUCAAAGUACUAAGCAACAACCACCUUCAGAUCCACGGCAUAAAGAAAACAGAUGAGGGCUCAUACACAUGUGAGGCGCGCCUCAUGGCCCGCGGCGAGAUUGAUCUGCGUAUCAUCAAGGUCAUUGUAAACGUUCGCCCCACUGUCAGAAUAUUGCAGUCAGAACUGAAUGCCACUGCAGAUGUUGGCCAGCCCGCCAAAAUGACUUGUGCUGUUGAUGGCUAUCCUGAGCCCAUGGUGACCUGGACAAGAAAUGGAGUUGACCUUGAGACAGGAGAGAAGUACAGUUUUAAUGAAGAUGGCUCUGAAAUUACCAUAAUGGAUGUCACCAAACUGGAUGAAGGAGAGUACACCUGCAUUGCCAAGAACAAAGCUGGGAAAGAUGACAAGGAACUCAGCCUGAGAGUGUUUGUUAAGCCCAAGAUCACAUACAUUGUGAACCAGACGUCCUCGGAGAUGGAGGAGCAGGUCACUUUGACCUGUGAGGCUUCAGGAGAUCCAACUCCCACCAUCUCCUGGAGCUCCGGUGAUCAUGUGUUCACCGAGGGCGAGCAGGCACAUCUAAACAGGAUCUAUCAGGCAUCAUGGACACGGCCUGAGCAGCACAAGAGCCCAGAUGGGAAUGUUGUGGUGAGGAGUGAUGCUCGCGUGUCCUCCCUCACUCUUAAAUAUGUCAAGUACACAGACGCGGGUCAGUAUCUCUGCACAGCACGGAGUGCCAUUGGAGAAGAUGAUCAAAGAGCUUAUCUGGAGGUUCGCUACACACCUAAGAUCAGUGGGACGGUGGCUGUGUACACAUGGGAAAGGAACCCUGUCAAUAUCACCUGUGAGGUCAAAGCUUUCCCCAGCGAAGUGUCAACUGUGUGGCUCAGGGAUGGACUGCAGCUCCCCAACUCCAACACCUCCAACGUUAAGAUAUUCAGGACUCCCACAUCCAGCUACCUUCAGGUUACCCCCGAGUACGAGAAUGAUUUUGGAAGCUAUAACUGCACCGCCACAAAUGAGAUGGGCACAGAGUCCAAGGAGUUCCUCCUCAUUCAGGCUGAGGUUCCAUCGGCUCCAUCCAUCGUUGAAGUGAGACCUUUCUCCACCACCGCGCUGAUUCAGUACGAGGAGCCUGAAUCUACUGGGGGCGUACCUGUUCUGAAAUAUAAAGCGUUGUGGAGGAUGCAGGGCAAAGGUGACUGGGUGCAGAGAGUCUACGAGGCCCCAGAUGACCCCAGCAAUGACGUGACCAUCACAGGCCUGAAGCCGGAGACCAGCUACGAGCUGAAGCUAUUAGCCAUCAAUGGCAAGGGCGAAAGUGAAAGCAGUCCUGCUGAGUUCUUCAAAACAGAGCCUGUCCGCCCCGCUUCUAAAAACAACAUGUUUCACUUCUUCUCUGAGGGCACAGAAGGGAAUCCCAAUCCUCCCAAACUGGAAGGGGCCCUGCAGCCGAAAGGCAACUCCCUCAAAGUCAGCUGGACCAAGCAGGAUGACGGCGGCUCUCCUAUUCUACACUACCUUGUCCGGUAUAAGCCUAUUCACGCGACUGAGUGGAAGCCAGAAAUUCGGCAGCCCAGCGACAGCGAAUACGUGGUUCUGAGGGGGCUGAAGUGGGACACGGAGUACAACAUCUAUGUGGUGGCAGAGAAUGAAAAAGGCAAAUCCUCGCCAGCAACCAUGUCCUUCAGGACUUCCUCCAAGCCAGAAGCUAUUCCAGACUUGGACGACGAGGCGGCUCUCUCUAUGAACAUUAUUCUCUGGGCAGGGAUCCUUGUUGUGGCAUUUGUGCUCCUGCUUCUGGCUGUGGAUGUCACCUGUUUCUUUGUCAACAAAUGCGGCCUCAUCAUGUGCCUCUGCGGUAAAUCGGGCACGGGGACAAAAGGGAACAACCUGGAGGAGGGAAAAGCGGCCUUCAUGAAAGACGAGUCUAAAGAGCCAAUAGUGGAAGUCAGAACAGAGGACGAGUGCACAGCCAAUCACAAUGCAGCAGGGCCCACAGAACCCAAUGAAACCACGCCUCUCACUAAACCAGAGCUGGUGGCUUCUCUGGCACUGGACACCCCCUCCUCCGUAGCCACCAACUCUGACACAGCCACCGCGACAAAUGAACCUGCUCAGGACAGCCCCUCUAGCGAGACCACCACCCUCACGUGCAGCCUGUCCACCCUGGCCAACGAGCCCUCGCCCACCCCUCUCGCCGCUCCGGCCCCAACCCCCGAAUCGAGCACGGGCCCGCCCACCCCGGUCAUCUCCUCCAGCGCCGUUAGCGCUAAAAUGGCCCCUCUGCUUGAGCAAAGAGGAACGAUCCCGCCAGACGACGAGGAGAAAGUAAACACUCCUCCUUGUACGCCUGAAUCUCCUCGACCCCAGAAACCUGGAGCUCCGAUACCGCCCAAGCGCAGACAUUCCCCCAAACUCGCUGCUCUGAACGCAAAGAAAAACAGCCCCCCUGUUUCGCCUCUAGCGGCGUCGUCGUCCUCCCCUCCCACUCCGGACACCAAGAAACGCGCUCCGGGUCCUCCUGUCACCAAGCUGGUCACACAGCCUGACGCCGUGCCCUUAAACACAGCUCAAACCGCCUCCAGCCCAGCCCCCUCAGACCCAGAUUCUAAACAUGCUGGCCCAGAUUCUCGCGGGGGGACCUUUGCUGCCUUCAACACAAACAAACCCAACGAUGUAGCUGCUGUAAGCUGUAAUUCUCCAUCAGUGGUUCCUAAACAGCCCAGUGGUGACAAACCUUUACCUGUCACCAUCAUCUCCAACAACCUCCUCACGCAGGCGUCCGACGUGUACGAUUUUGCAGCCCACGCCGCAGGGCCCGGUAAUGCAAACUUUGACUUAGAGCUGACAAACACAGGGAGGCGCUCGCGGCCCCUAUCAGACCUCAUUAGCUUAGAGAGCCCGUCCGCUGCCCUCUCUCUGCCCAAUGGAGACGGAGCAGACCUCCCCCCCUCAGGCCCAGUUGUGGAGGCUUCAGAGACUCUGGCCAAGACCGCUCCUCCUGUCAACGAUGAGAAAGUCAAACUGGAGGAGGCAGACUUGCCGAAUGCCCUGAUCUCGUCGGCACAUAACAGUGUCGUACAGACAAAUACCUUUGAGAGCAAAGUAUGAUGGGCCCAAAAAGAGAGUCAUUUCUAGUGCCCUUAACACCACGCUCCGAGCAACACCAGAGCGCACGCUGACUGUGCCGUCUUUCUUUUCUGGUUCCAUCUACGGAAAGUUUUAACACCUGAGAAAUUUAUUUUUAGGCCACGAGAGACUGAUUUUAUUUUUUUAUUCUUAUUUUAUUUAAUUUAUCCAGUUAGGACGAUUAACACUCCUCAUAAUGAUUGUUGGUGAACUCUUCAUUGGAAUUGCAACUGUACAGAAUCCUUAUGAAAAAAGUAUAGAUGUAAAAAAACAACUAUAUAACUACAAACUAUAUAUAGAAAUUUUGUUUAUUUUUAAUGUUUUAUUGUGCAAGUGUAAAACUGUUUUUAGUAUCACUCAGUAGCUUGUUCUGCAUGUUUGACCUGCAGGGGAUUGGAGCGUUGUUUUUGUUUUUUUCUUUAUUUGUGUGUGGUCUGCAGAUUGUUUCAUAUCUCACAGACGUGCUGAAUCAGAUUCUCGCCAAGUUUUAGGAGGAGAGAAAAAAGAAGGAUUUACCAAACACCCCGGACUGCACGGCAGGAGACGGUUGGACCGCUUUCAUUCACAGCCGUUACUGUCCUAUCAAAGAGCAGUUUGAGGAUUCUUUGAUGGAGAGGGCAGGAAGGAAAACAAACACAAAAAAUGGAAUUGAUGUGCGAUCCUGAUCUAAAUAUACACCAGGUUAUUUCUGUGAACAGCCAUGACGGCUGUACUUUCUCUUCCUGACACAGAUCAAAGCUCUGGCUUCAUCGUUCGGUUUGUGCUUUGAAGCCAAAAAGAAAAAAAUUCUAAAACGUGUUUCUGUACUAUUUAAAAACUACAAAGAUUUCGUUUCCAUUCCUGCCUGCAAAGCUUGUGCACCGUGCCUGUGUCUCAGUAGAUUGUCUCGUCAUCAGUUUCUAUGAUAAUCUGCAUAGUUUUGUCUGGAGGGAUUUAAAGUACUCCUUUUAUUUGACGUAUUGUUAGAAAAAAAGGUAUGAUAAGUGGACUAAUGUGGUCAUUAUAACACGUGUAAUAUAUAAAAACAUCCGUUUCUGGUCCCAGCACUAUAUAUUGCCAGCUAUAGUGAAGGAAAGGCAUGAAUGCAAUCAGUACUUCAUAACAUAUAACUACAAGGCACGUAGACGUGUUUGUGUGGGGAAACUGUUCUCAUAUUGAUUUAAUGAGUAUUACCUGGGGGCUUGCUAUGGCAUAGUUUCACAUGAUUUUAUUUUUUUUCCCUAGUUGUUACUCAAGUGUUCUGUAAUGCUGUUUUUUUACUAUUAUUUUCUAUUAAAAAUGAUGGUAAAGUCCAGAAAGUUUUGAGAGUAAUAGCACCAAAAGCCAAGCCUUACUCUCCUUGUCCUUCAUCUGCUCUUACCAGACUACCUUGCUCCCUUUUUUUUUUUUUUUUCGGUCCCCCCUCCCCCUUUUUUUUUUGGCUUUAUUGGGUCAAACUCAGAAAUUUAUGUGUUGUGUACAGUCUGAGUGAUAACCCAUUUACAAAAUAAAAAUGUAGAAAUCUAA